CCUGCAUACCUGCGUCUGUACGUAACUAGAAGCACCGGAGAUGUUUUUGGGAGCCGCAACAUGAUUCCAAAGGUCAUUUAUUCUUCACCGUCUGGCUCCUUCAUGUUUUGGCCAUUUACUCUCUUCACGACUCUCCACCCGACUACUUUACUUAAUGCUCGAACUGCCUUGUCCGUUCUUUCGUCGACCUCUUCUCUCUCUUACUCGGUGCCUCAGCUCUCGGCUCUUCCUUUUCUCACUAAAUGCGACUGUCUGAUUAGCAGAAAUUCGCUAGCACUCUCCUCUUCAUUGUCCCUCGUACUCCAAUUGCUAUUUUGUCAACUCUCACCUUCUUUGGGAAAAGCAGAUGGCGUGUUGGAAACUCUUUAA